CAUAAUGUUAUUGUAUAUUUUGGCUUUGACACAUAACUGUAGUCGUACUCAGAAGGCAAACAUGCAGAAGGAGUUCAUGCCAUACUGGAACCUCAAUGUCACAGUGUUGAGAGCAAAAUUCAAUCAGUCACAUGACCUAUUGACGAAUUCUGACUGCUACGUUGUCUUAAAAAUACCCACGGCUUGCACCUGCUCUCAUCGCACCAAGACCAUCACAAACAACAAUGCACCAGAAUGGAAUGAAACCUUCCGAUUCAGAGUACACAGUGGUGUCAAGAACAUUCUGGAAUUCUACAUCUAUGAUGCUGACACUUUUACAAAAGAUGACUGCUGUUCUACCAUCCUGUUUGAUAUCAGUAACCUCACACUUGGACAAAAGAUGACAAAAUGCUUCAUUUCUGAUGAUGAUGAGAAAAAUAAUGAGUUGUGGGUGGAGUUUAAGGUGACACCAAGCCCUGAGAAUCCUGUGCAGUACCUCUCUAAUGGAGUGUUGAUGGCAGCUCCGUUGUGUGCACUGGAAGUGAAAGCAGAUAAUCUAAGGACUAAUGUAAACAACCUUCUAUUAAAACUGAGAGGUGCGUUUAAAGAAGACUGUGUGCUGUCAGAAUCUAUGUCCUACUACAUCAAUCGAGACCUGGAAACCGAAUUUAGUCUCAUGCCAUCACAGGAUGUAACAGAAGUAGAUGGUGUAUAUGUCAACCAGCUAAACCCGCUGUCCACUGUCCCUAUAAAACCUGUACCAACUAAAAAAAAGAUCAAACUCUCUUUGCCUGUUGGAGAGGGUUCAGUACAUCUGCAAGUAAAGACAGAACACCGCUCGAGUGAAGACAUGAAUGUACGCCUGGAUUUUGAUAUCCCAAACGAAGAAAAGAAUUUUAUGGUGAUGAGGAGGAAAGUUGUGUCACAAGCGCUACAGAGAGCUCUGAAACUCACCUCACCACCAGAACCCAGCAAGGUCCCAGUGGUGGCUGUGGUGUGUUCUGGAGGUGGGUCUCGGGCACUGACGGCCACAUAUGGAAGCUUUCGAGGUCUACAGAAGCUCCAACUCCUUGAUGCUGUCAGCUACAUCACAGGAGUUUCUGGCUCCACCUGGGCUUUGGCCUCUCUUUAUGGUGAUGCUGACUGGUCAAGCAAUGACAUGAACGUGACUAUGGAGUCUCUUAAAAAAGAACUCUCUAAAAAUGUGUCAAGUUUGUUUUCUCCCGAGCAGCUGCGACACUACAAAGAAAAGAUGGAAGAGAAAGCAAAACAAGGACAUUCUGUGUCUCUCAUUGACAUGUGGGGGCUGGCUAUAGAGUACCUCAUUCAUGGGAAGAAAAAAAUGGUUAACCUGUCUGACCAGCAAACAGCGCUGUUAAAGGGCCAGAACCCACUUCCAAUCUACACAGCUAUUAACAUGAAGAAUGACAAGAAAGGAAGUACAACAGAGGCUGAAUGGUGUGAAUUCACCCCAUAUGAAGUUGGACUUCUCAGGUAUGGCGCCUUUAUACCUGCACAAAACUUUGGGAGUGAAUACUAUCUUGGUCACCUGGUCAAGAAACUGCCUGAAAUCGGGAUGUCCUCACUAUUGGGAAUAUGGAGCAGUGUUUUCUCUUUUAAUCUGACUGAAAUUUGGAGUUUUGUCACUGGAGUUACUCCAUUCUGGUCCAGCAAGAUAGGAGAAAAAGUCACACACACAGACACAGAUGGUAAAGCAUCAACGCUGGACACGGUCCAUGUCAGUCCCAUGACUGAACUGGCAAAAAGACUAACCGACUUUCUUACCAGCCGCCCCAUUAUCAGCCAAGCGUACAACUUUCUGAGAGGUUUCCACCUGCACAAAAACUACACUGAGAACAGUGACUUCAUCGCAUGGAAGGAAAACCACCCAGAUGCUUUCCCAAACUCUCUCACACCAGCAGACUCCGCACUUGGCCUUGUAGACUCUGGUUUUAUGCUCAAUAUAGCAUUUCCUCCUGUACUACGCCCUAAGAGACGUGCAGAUGUUAUUUUGUCUCUGAACUACUCUUGGAAUGUGGACCACUUCAAGGCCCUGAGGCAAACUUAUGAGUACUGCAUUGAUCACAAGAUUCCAUUUCCAAGGAUUGAUUUCAAAAAGUUGGAUUCAGAGCCGAUUAAGGAAGUUCAUGUGUUCGAGGAUCAAGAAAAUCCAGAGGCUCCUGUAGUGCUUUACUUUCCUUUGAUCAACAUCACAUUCAAACAGUUUAAAGCUUCUGGAGUGAAGAGAGAGGGUAAGCUCGAGAUGAAGGAAGGUGAUUUUGAUAUCGACUUCACUAGUAACUCUUGUCCAUUUGCUACGCACAAUUUUACUUAUGAACCUGAGGACUUUAAGAAGUUGUCCGACCUCACCACCUACAACAUUGUAAACAACAAAGACAUCAUUCUAAACACCCUGAACAAAGCACUUAAGAAAAACAUGAAGUGAACCCAAAGUGAUGUUAUGUCAGAAAGGAUUAAUCAGUAGCUAAAGGAAGCACAAAAGUUACCCAACUUUGGAGAUAUUAUUUUAGGAUUUGAAGCAGAUGAAUAAAAAAUGUUGUGUUAAAUAUGCAAGAUAGUUAUUAGUGUUGUAGUUCUCGAGACUGGUCUCAAAACCACUUUUUAAAGGUUUUGGUCUAGUCUUGGAAUCGACCGCAUUUUUACUCAGUCUCGUCUCGGUCUCAGACAAAGAAGACUUUGAAUUUUAUUUCAAGACCAGUCAAGACCACAACUAUGGCACAUCACAAAUUAAUUUUUUAUCAUUAAUUUUAUGCAGUUUAUUCAGGUUUGGCAUAUGAUGUUUGGCAUUGUUUAGGCAUUGUUUAAGUUUCUCCCAAUGACAAUUUCAAAUUUUAUUACUAAAAACACUGUGUUAAGUGGAUGGCAAGCCAUGAAAAGACAGUUCAGAAUAAAUGGUUAAGUUGAUUUCAGCUCUUUAGUGUUUGUUCACUUUUAUUUGGUUAUAAACAAAGAUAAAUUCCCACAUAUCUGCAAUGCCUUUAAUUAUUUUAGCAACUUCUCUGAUGGCAUACACACACACGCACGCACAAGCACACACUCAGACAAGAUGUGCCUAAUCAUAUGCAUAUUCCACAUUUUAUUAUAAGUGUUUUAAUACAGUGACUUGCACUGGUCUUGGUCUUGACUCGGUCUCCGCCUGUAUUGGUCUUGGUCUUGACUUGGCCUCGACCCUUUAAAGUCUUGGUCUUGUCUCAGUCUCGGCCCGCUUGGUCAUGACUUGGUCUCGGUUUAGGUGGUUUGACUACAACACUAAUAGUUAUGUAAAGAUUGUAUUUUACUGUUUGAUUAUAGUUGAUAAUGUGUGACAGUGGUUAAUGCUACUUGCUGUUAAAUUUCUGUCCACUAGAUGGACCUUCUUAACUUUUGAUUGCAAACUUGGCAAAUUGAGUUGUUUUUCUGAAUUUAUUCAUUUCAAUUUUGAUUAAAAAAAUCCUACAUAUCAUGAUGUGAUCCUACAUAAUGUAUUAUGAUGCGAUGUGAUAAUAUAGUCAGAAAACUUAGCU